CAACAUUAAAAAUCAACAAGCAAGCGGGUCGGGGCUGCGGAGCGGCCGACUGUUUGACUUUCUUUCGUCGGUGUUUUUGCUUCACGUGUAUUUCUUCGUAACAUAUUUGCCCUUUUAAAUAUUCUUUGUGAAAUAUUGAUCGCUAUGUAUUAAUACCAGCUCUUGGUCACGAAAACUUUCUCUGUUUAAUUGCUUAGUUGCAAAAAUGCCUAGUGUUACAAAGUGACAGAUGUUUUGAGUGUAGAAUCUCGUCAUUUCUGACUUGAAUACAUAGUUAUAUCAUAACACUAAUCUCUGGUCGUGUUAAAAGAGUUACCAGCCAUGGAAUCCGACCCCCAGGAGACGGGCCUGUCCUCCGGAAAUGGAGUGAAGACAAACGGCAACACGUCACAGCCACUGUUCCCAGAGAGCCCUGUAUACGAGCCGGAGGAAGAUGCAGUCUUGGGGAAGGAUGAAACGUCAGCCAUUCUUCUUGACGAUAGCAAAGAAGAACCACUUGAAGGGAAAGAUGACAUACCAACAUUGCAAUCCAAGAGGAAACUCUCAGACGAAGCAGAAGACAGCAGCGCUAAAAUACAGAAACUCGAUAAUACCGAAUUCACAGUCAACACACAAAACCUCGACGAAGAAGUAUCGGAAAUCAUCAGUGCAGCCAAGAAAGAUAUCCUACCAUCCAGAGUUCAAACUCCUGUUCGAUCCAGUCCUAGACUUAAAAGGAGCAACAGCGCUGAUAUUACUAAACCUAAAACACCAAGAACGCCCAAAAGCCGCCCAGCCAGUGUCGAUAUUACCAAAGAAAGAAAGACCCCUAAGAAAUUGAAAAUAGACGAUAAAGUAGAGCGUCCAAGCAUUGAUCCAAGUAAAGAACCAUCCAAAGUUCCUGAAACCAUUGCUGAAGAAAGUGGGUCUGAAAUGAAUGAUUCGCAAAAUUUCCAUCUAGUACUAUCUCCGAAUACCGAUGACGAUGCAUUGUCCAAAACUAUUACUAAUAACUACAGCAGUGAUCCAGUAUUAGUCAAGGAUAGAGAAGAAAUUAUAAGCCCAGGGAAAAUCAAUGAAACUCGAAGCGAAGGGUAUAACUACUCUGAUCAAAGUAAUCUUUCUCAACCGAAAAGACUGGAAUUCAAUAAAGGCAAAACCACUGAUCAAGAGAGUACAGAUAGUGUGGAAUCUCCACCGAGUCCUGAUCAUUUACCCACUGUUGCUUCGAAACUAAUCUCUAAAUUAUCUAAUGGAAAUUCCUCAACCCCAACUGAAUUAUCUUCAGGGAAAAGGACAGAUGAUAGUGACAGUACUCCUGAUAUUUUAAAGCUUACUAAUAAUUUGAAGCGUGGUAAAAAUGAGUCUUUUCGUGUUAGUAAUAACACAACUCCAUCAACAAUCUCGCCGCUGCAAAACGGGCACGGCAGAACGGAUACUUUAUCUGAAACGCAGCCGCAACCUAUAUUCGAUGUCGUAGUAAAUUAUAAUGAAGACGGCGAGUUCCUAUCACUAUACGUCGUUAAAACAGACAAUGAUCUGGGCUUGGAUAUGUGUCGCGAAUACCAAAGAUUUUCGAAACGCUUCACAAUCGACCCGUAUUUAGGCGAUGUAUCGGUCAGUACUUCGCCCUCAAGCGUUACAAGCACAGGUAUGAUCAAUCUACCUAUCAAUAGAACAUCUUUCGCAUCAACAGUCAGUUCCACUUCAAGUUCAAGUAAUAGGACUAGUGAUGGGGCGUUCGUAGUUCCUCAACCACCAAGAAAAUCAGUUGUAAACCCUAUCAGCUCAGUUAAAGGUUUUGAUGCUGUAUUGAAGAAAGUAAAUGAUGUUUUCACUCACGCUAAAGAGGCUUUCGAGGGCUACCGUUCGUGUAGUGACGAUAAAAUCUCAGUUGGCGUCCAAACUACUCCCUCUACCGAUUCAUUAAGCAAUGGGAAUCUAAGUCCGGAGGAAUCCUGCAAAACUGAUAAAGCGACACCAAAGAGUUCUCUUAAGAAAACCAGAGUUAGAGGACGACGGAAUCUUUCAAGCAAAACUAAGAGGAAUAUCUUACCAACUCAAGCGGAAGAGCCUGAAUAUAUGCACGGGAUGAAUUCUCCAGAAAUGGUGCCAACGAAUGGGGAUACCGAAAAGAUUUUGAAGUCUCCUAAAUCUGAGAAACCGCUAUCAUCGCUAGUUGCAACUCCAAAGUCCGUGUCUAAGCUGAAACAGAAACGCAGACCUACAUCUCCUAGGCCUGCUACUCCGGUUGAAAAGUCUUUAGUUAAGACGGAGUACCCGGGUUAUGCUCCUGACACUGCAGUUUUAGCUAAAUGGGUGGACAAACGGUACUAUUCAGGAAAAGUCCUAGAGAUAACGGAGCCUAAUAAAUACUUGAUCAAGUUUGACGAUGGGCAGUCGAAGGUUUUGUUGGAUGAUUUCAUUAUAUUUGGGGAUACGAAGACACUGCCGUUGCUUGGUCAGUCGGUGUAUGCAAUGGUUGAUGAGGAGCAGAACUAUGAGCCGGGUUUGGUGCUUGGAGUUGAAGAGAAUGAUAGUGGUACCGUCACAUAUAGGUGUACUACUGAUGGCGACACAGUGGUAAUGGUGACUGCAAGCGAGCUAUAUUUAACAGAAGACCAGGCGAGAUCGCUGAAGGAAUCAUCUCGGCCUCGGUCACCCACCUCGCCAGCUACGCCUCGCCGGCGACACCAUCGAGAAUUAGAUCUUGACAACAUUAUACAGGGUCCCAGAAGUGCAAGAUCGCGGGAUAAAGGCAACUCCAGUGCGAAGAAACGCGUGACGUCACCGAAAAGUCCUAAGGCAUCUACGUCAGGAGUUAAAACGAAAAGCACACCAGUGAGUCGCAAGCGAUUGGCAAGCGAAAGCAGCGAAAUGAGCGAAAGCAGUAAUUCAGCGCCGCCCGUCAGAUUAGAGGAGGUUGCUGGCGUAGAACCGGAGGUUCAACGGACGCCGCGCAAAAUAGACGGCGUCAAAGCGGGCCCUCUACAACUAAAAGGCGCGGCGAAACAAAACAUCGGCAAGAAGAACUCCAAACUAACCAAAUUUGAGAACGACGAGGACACGGUGUCGACUCUAGGCCCAAUCCCAGGGCCAGACAGUAAACUGUUCGCGGGGCUGCAUUUCUUGCUGACUUGUACUGAGCCGCCGAAGAAACUCAAGUCUGACAAGGGCCAAGACACGCGGCAUUACUCGUCAGAAGAAGAUGGCGAGACGACCGCGGGCACAGAUUGCGAAGACUUGGAAUUUUCCGACCGACCCUUUAACAAGGAACGGCUCAAAGAACAGUUAGAGGCUGGCGGCGGCAUCGUCUACAGCCACUUCGAUGACGUGCCAAAAGCAAAAUACAGCGUCACAAAACUGAUCGCCCCCCGUCCGUGCCUCACGGCCAAGUACAUCCAGUCGCUGGCGGCGGACAUCCGGUCCGUGACCCACCAGUGGGUCAUACUGUGCUGCACCAACAACACGCUGCUGGACACUGAUGCGUACGCGCUGCCGGCCGGCUGGUCUAUUACCAAGCAGGCGUUCGUUAACUGGGUACCAUCAUCAGGCCGACGCAACACCCAAUUCUUCAAAGACAAGGUCAUCCUCCUAUGCGGUGAUCAGGACACAUUCGUCAAAUUCUGGGAACGCGUGUGCACCCUAGUCGGGGCGACCACGCGCGUAGUAAACGAAGAGGACUUAAACAUGUCCGGUGCCCUGGCUUUAGUCACCGAAUGGGACUGUCCCCACGAAGUCCAGAACAAAGCUAACCAGGAUAAUAUCCCAUUAGUUUCAACUACAUGGGUGGUGCAGUGUCUUAUUGAAGCUAAAGUGAUCGCCCCAACCAGCCACGAUAAGUUCUCAUUCAUGUAUACGGAGCCCGAAUGAUCCUGGGACUUUAAGAAGAUACUCAUUAUACGUGAAAUUUGACACUUUAGUGAGUGGCGGAAGUGACGCUGUGUAGGUUAAGUGAUAAGUGAACAGAGGGGUACAUUCGUUGUUUUUUGUGAUAACUUGUGACAUGAAUUCCUGGUUGCGUUCUAUACUCUGUAUCUUUAGGUAUUUAAAUAAAAGUAAAUAAAAAAUUUGUACAUUUUCGGGUAGUUGUAACAUUUAUUGGUUAACCGACCAAAUACAAAACCGCCUGGAUCCGUCACUGAACGACCUGACUUUAACCUACAUUAUUUGAUCAUGUAAUGUUUUCAUCUACCCUCAACUGGCUUAAGGAGCCAUUUGAAUGUAGAUUUUGUUUACUUUUAUUUAAAUACCUAAA